UUCAGCUGCGGGAUUGAAAACAUGGAUGUCACCUGUCAAAAUAGUUUCAUGUGAAAGGAAAGGGAUAUUUUCUAGGAGGUUGUAGUUACCAACUACAUUUAAUGAUGCCUGGACGUUCGUCUAAAUGUGGAAAGGAGCUUGUUUACAGCCCGCUAUCAUAUGUGGCCAGUCGCGGAGUGGACAAAAAGUGUAAACAACCCGAGAGGCUUUUGAUGCGACAUCGACUUCGGUGCGCUCGAGGUCUGUAUCGGCGUGACCUCAAAGAACAUUAUGGCUGUGUCAACGCUAUAGAAUUUUCUCAUGAUGGCGGGGACUGGAUUUCUUCAGGUGGUGAUGACCGUCGAGUUUUGCUGUGGAAUGUCCAGAAAGCUUUGGCUAACAUUGGCAAACCAGCGUUCAUGAAGGGCGAACACAAUAGUAACAUAUUCUGCCUCGCCUUCGACAAUGAGAACAGAAAGAUAUUUUCUGGAGGAAAUGAUGAGCAAGUCAUUGUGCAUGACAUUUCCACAGGGGAUACCUUGGAUGUAUUUACACAUGAAGAUGCUGUUUACAGUCUUACUGCAGACCCAAACAAUGUCAGCGUGUUUGCCAGUGCAUGUGACGAUGGCCGCAUUCUUGUGUAUGAUAUCCGUGAACCGCCGAGCAGUGACCCAUUUUGUCUGGCCAACUACACUUCCUCCAUGCAUGCUGUGAUGUACAAUCCUGUGGACCCACGCCUCCUAGCAACAGCCAAUGCAAAGGAGGGGAUAGGCCUUUGGGAUAUCCGAAAACCCAGAACCUGUCUGCUGCGGUAUGGGGGAGGAUAUGUGCAGCAGAGCUGUAUGAGUGUGCGGUUCAGUCGGUCAGGGGAGCGUCUCUUGGCCCUGCGACGUCGCCUUCCCCCUGUCCUGUAUAGUAUGUCCAGCUCGCAGCCUCUGUGUGAGUUUGACCACAGUGGCUACUACAACUCCUGCACCAUGAAAAGCUGCACAUUUGCUGGAGACAAUGACCAGUAUGUCUUAUCUGGGUCAGACGAUUUCAACCUGUACAUGUGGAAAGUUCCAGAAAAUCUAUCAAAACGACAAUACAUAAAUGAUGCUCACAUGAUACUUGAAGGUCAUAGGUCAAUUGUGAAUCAAGUGCGAUUCAACCCAACCAAUCACUUGAUCAUCUCCUCGGGAGUGGAAAAGAUUGUGAAGGUAUGGAGCCUGUUUGAGAUGCUCGACUGUGAGGGAGGCCUGGGAGUGAAGAAGCCCCCACCCCCGAACAUAGGGGAAAGAUCAGUCUACACCCAUGAGGAGUACAUCAACCUAGUGCUACAAAGUGGACAUGUGAUGACCCAUGAUUACUCUAGUCACUCCACGGAGGAGGACCCACGCAUGAUGGCAUUCUUCGAUUCCCUGGUCCAGCGUGAGCUUGAGGGUUGCUCCUCUGAAGAUGAUCUGUCCAGUAGCGAGCAGGAAUUGUAUGACCGAAUCAUUCAAUUGUCUCACUCAGACAUAUCAAAUGGAUCUGAGUCUGAAUCGGGGGCAGAUGUUGGCCACAGUGUAGCCAAUAAUAGUAGCGAUAUCAAUUACGAGGAUGAUUCGGCAUUCAGUCCAUUCAGUAUUGCAUUCGCCAGUGUGGUUGCAGUUCAGACAUCUCGCAGUAUGGAGGAGCAAUCCUCUGGUAUAUCUCUAGACACUUCGUUAGAUACUUCAGCUAAUAAUCAAAACGGAAAUGUUUCCGAAGGUAAUGCAAAUUCAAGUACGACUGAUUCGAGCUCACAGCAACAGACCAGUAGUACUGGCAACACUAGGAGAAGCAUCUCCGAGCUGAUAGUGAAACGUAAGGAAGUGAAGAGGCAGGCUAGCAAGGCGCUGAGAAAUAAGCAGAGAAAACGCAAACGACCCAGAUCAUCUAGUUCUGAAUCCAGUGAUGGAGAACAGAGUAAAAACUCUGCUUCUGGUAGCGGUGGAAACUGCACCGGCCAUCCAGAAAAUGUGCUUUCAGCCCAAAAACAAAAAGCUCAGUUCCAGCUGAAGCGGCUUCAACAGCUUAGAAACAACAUCUUAAAGAGUGAUUCCGACAAUAGUGAUAAAGAAGAACAUUCUGCGGCAGCAACAUCCAACAAAAAGCCAAACAUUGAGCAGAACAACUCUGAAAGUAAUGCAGGUUAUGCUGGAAAGGAUUCGGGGGGAAAGUCAUGCAGAGAUGAACCCCAGGGUGUUAGUAAGAGUAAAGCUACGCCAAGUAAAAGUAACGAGGGUUCAGAGCUCGGCGCUUAUCUCCACGAAACAGACUUCAGUAACCAACCCUCCACUUCCACAUCGAUGGGGCUAAUGGGUAAUUCUCAUAUACACAACUCCUGUGACAAAAUAUCAGUAACUGUGUCAAAUAGCAAUAAUGAAAAUGCACAGUGUUCAACUUCUGAAAACUCUGGAGGUAGUCAUUCCAAUUUUACAGAAUUUAAAAGAUUCAAGAAACGGACAAAAGCAUCCAAACGACAGUAUCGUCAACAUGGAUCAGACAACGAGGAUACAUAACUGCUUGGAUGCGUGUGUUCCAAAAUAUACUGGUCUCUUUAGCCUCACUAUCAUUAAUACACUGCGUUUGUGGUUAAAUAUCAAGGGUAAAAUGUACGCUUGUUUACCCUACCUGUUGAAUUCUGCAGAUUUUCAAUUUUGCUUUAGAUAUCCCAGGUACUUCUUAAAUUGUCUGAAUUCCACUGGAAAUCAUCAUUACUACUGUAUUGGAAAAUUGUCAGAACUAUUUGAAUAUAUGGGUCAACUUCAUGUAGGUCGACUUGUAACACAAUAGUGCUACAAAAAAUUGUGAUAUUUGACUGUCGGUAUGUUGUAUGUACAGUACAUGUAGGGCAAGUUUGAUCCUAAACUAUGGUGGUGUUGGUCUAGCUAGAGAGUGAUCACACUCAUGUAGAGGUCAUUGUGCAGAGAAACAAGAAGCUACAGGGUGCAUUCCGGAUGAUGAUGGCUUCUCAUACAAGUUUCUUUUGGUUGGACCUGAGGAUGUAGACAUAGUCUGCACUUCUCAGAAAUCAAGGCUGUGCUCGGCUUAUAUAUAACCGCAUCACAUGAAACAGCCUAACAACAAUCAGUGGUUGAUGAUGGAACUCGCCUAUUGUAUACAAGGCAGUUGAUGUUUGAUGGUUUCUGUCCUUGAUCAUUUUCUGAUAGUUGCUCGUCAGAUUUCAGUAAUUAAAUUUGACUUCUUGCCUUAUGUUUAAUCCUGUAGACCUUGAAGCACAGCUGUACAGUAUUCCACAGUAGUAUUUCCCAUAGUGUCCCUCCCCCUUUUGUUACUACCAUGAACAUCAUAGACUUUGAUUCAUAUGUAAAAGGUCUAUCAAUUCAGUUUCAAUAGCAAAAUAUCAUGUGUUAUGAAAUAGAUGUAGAGGGAAGAAAACAAACAGAGUUUAUAUUGAAAGGAUCAAAUGUAAACAAAACUAUUAUUAUAUUCAAAUGUUCCACCAAACAAACUUUUGUAAGCUCGUUUUUUAGCUUAUGAGCAACAUAAUCACUUAGGUUGCAAAUCAUUCUUAUCAGUACACUUAUUUUUUUGCAAUUUUUUAAGCACCCUGGGUACUAUUUAAAUCAAAUAAAACUAUGUCAGUUAAUCUAGAUUGUAUGUAGCUACAUAAGGUAGCUACAUACAAUCUAGAUAGCUAUAGGCAUUCUAUGUAACUAUAUACAUCUAGGUAGCUAUAGGCAUUCUAUGUAGCUACAUACAAUCUAGAUAGCUAUAGGCAUUCUUUGUAGCUACAAUGUACAUACAAUCUAGAUAGCUAUAUACAUAUUAUGUAGCUACAUACAAUCUAGAUAGCUUUAUACAUUUUAUGUAGCUAUAUACAUCUAGAUAGCUAUAGGCAUUCUUUGUAGCUACAUACAAUCUAGAUAGCUAUAUAUAUUUUAUGUAGCUUCAUACAAUCUAGAUAGCUAUAGGCAUUCUUUGUAGCUAUAUACAAUCUAGGUAGCGUUAUACAUUCUAUGUAGCUACAUACAAUCUUGGUAGCUAUAGGCAUUCUUUGUAGCUUCAUACAAUCUAGAUAGCUAUAGGCAUUCUUUGUAGCUAUAUACAAUUAAGAUAGCUAUAUACAUUCUAUGUAGCUACAUACAAUCUAGAUAGCUAUAUACAUUCUAUGUAACUAUAUACAAUCUAGAUAGCUAUAUAAAUUCUUUGUAGCUACAUACAAUCUAGAUAGAUAUAUACAUUCUAUAUAGCUACAUACAAUCUAGAUAGCUUUAUACAUUCUAUGUAGCUAGAUACAAUCUAGAUAGCUAUAUACAUUCUAUGUAGCUACAUACAAUCUAGAUAGCUUUAUACAUUUUAUGUAGCUACAUACAAUCUAGAUAGAUAUAUACAUUCUAUGUAGCUACAUACAAUCUAGAUAGCUACAUACAAUCUAGAUAGCUACAUACAUUCUAUGUAACUAUAUACAAUCUAGAUAGCUAAAGGCAUUCUUUGUAGCUACAUACAAUCUAGGUAGCUAUAGGCAUUCUUUGUAGCUAUAUACAAUCUAGAUAGCUAUAUGAUUCUAUGUAACUAUAUACAAUCUAGAUAGCUAUAGGCAUUCUUUGUAGCUACAUACAAUCUAGGUAGCUAUAGGCAUUCUUUGUAGCUCCAUACAAUCUAGAUAGUUAUAGGCAUUCUUUGUAAUUACAUACAAUCUAGAUAGCUAUAGGCAUUCUAUGUAGCUACAUACAAUCUAGAUAGCUAUAGGCAUUCUAUAUAGCUACUUACAAUCCAGAUAGCUGUAUACAUUCUAUGUAGCUACAUACAUCUAGAUAGCUAUAGGCAUUUGAUAUAGCUACAUACAAUCUAGAUAGCUAUAGGCAUUCUAUGUAGCUACAAUGUACAUACACUCUAGAUAGCUAUAUACAUUCUAUGUAGCUACAUACAAUCUAGAUAGCUAUGGACAUUCUAUAUAGCUACAUACAAUCUAGAUAGCUAUAGGCAUUCUUUGUAGCUACAUACAAUCUAGAUAGCUAUAUAUAUUUUAUGUAGCUACAUACAAUCUAAAUAGCUAUAUACAUUCUAUGUAGCUACAUACAAUCUAGGUAGCUUUAUACAUUCUAUGUAGCUACAUACAAUCUAGGUAGCUUUAUACAUUCUAUGUAACUAUAUACAUCUAGAUAGCUAUAUACAUUCUAUGUAACUAUAUACAUUUGAUUCUAUGUAACUAUAUACAUUCUGUAAAGAGUGGUACAGAUAUGUUUCUGCUCCUGAGGGAUUCAUCCUGAAGUUUGGAAUACACCCCUGUUAGUGAAGUAAUAUAAGCUUUAGGAUAAUAUUUAUACUGUAGACCUAAUGUAUUUUCUCAGUUACCAUUUUUUGCCAUGGGAUAUUUCAAUACUGGUUCACACCAUGCUUUCCUUAUAAAUUUUGCUAUCUACAAGUAUUGCACAUCAUGUUAAGUAAUGCCUGUGUGUUCAAAAUUCAAAAGGGUUAACUAUAAUAGGUGAAAGUUUACAUGUAUUAUUAAAGACACGGCAACAUGUAUUGUAUGGAGAAUGCCGUAUUUUUCACAAGCAUGAUCGAAGUAUGAUACAAAGUUGUCAUUAUAUUCUGCCAUACAAGUCAUGCAUAAGUAAAAUAUUUAUUUAGAAAACCAUUAAAUUGUCUUUUUAUUACAUUGUAGAGUAUAAACAAAAUGUGCAUAAAGAAAGUGUGAGGGUAAAUUCUUAAAAUAUUCAGCUCCAUAUUCUAUAGCGUCGUGCUUGACAAUAAGGCUGUGUGCCUUCUGAAUGGGCUAAUUAACACAACCCACCAUUUUCUGCUAUUAUCUUGUACUAUUCGAGUACAAAGAUGUUAUCAAUUAUGUAUUUAUGUAAAUACCUUUAGUGUAUGUACCAGAAAUGUGUCAAAACAACCACUUAUUCUACUGUUGCAUCGUCUACAUCUGAUCAGAAAAUUGGUGGCUUUGAAUGAGUGUUCCAUGGAACUGAAGUCUUUUGUAGUUUCAACUCGGUGAAAGAUAUCACUUUUAUCAGAAGUAGAUAACUCUUUAUCUCACUUCCAAAAAUGUGUUCACCAUAUUUAUCAUAUAGUAAGCCCAUGGUCAAAAAUGCCAGCAAAUACUGUUUCAUGUCCUGUAGUAAACUCACCCCUCUACUUCAAGACAAAGAAUAUGUGUUUGCCUCCAGGACUUAGUACAGGAUAGAUACGGUAAUUAUGCUUUGUUUAUGUCUGAGUUUGUGUCAUUGCUUUGUUGAAGAACUAACAUUCUGAUCUCAAACAUUCAUUUUUCUAUUGGUAUAUAUAUAUAUAUUUAUAUGUUUUAAUAUAAUCAUUCGAGUUCAAAUGAAAAUUACCAAAGAUUUUUUAUCUAAUUUUUGUAUUGUUUUGAAAGUUACACGGUAUUUCAAUAACCGUUUGAUACUACGAGAUUGAAGUCUUAAGUCCUAAGACUUGUUUUGAUAUCAAACUUUGUCUUGCUGUUAAAGUCUGUAUCACACUAGAGAUGGAGGCUUGACUAGCUACUUCCCUACAGUCUGAUCUUGUUAUAGCGUCUACGUUUGUUUGAGUGAGGUUUAAACUAAAUUUACAAAUGGAUUUGGCCAUGGUCAAGGGAGAUGUAUCAAAACAAUUGUUAAAAAAGGAGAGCGAGAAAGGGGAAUUUUUUGGUAUUAAUAAAACUGUAUCAAUGUAGCAAAUGAUGUGGGCAUUACAUCAGUGUUGAACUGUGUAAGACAUUAUAUGAGUUAUACAGAUAUAUCUAUAUGUAUACACACAAACAACUAGGCUGGAACAAGGCAGGAAUUAUCAAUAAAUAACAUACAGUUACACAAAUAGGAAUGAACGGUCUUAUCAUAGGAAUAUCACCACAACACACAUUUACUGAUUACACACUAAUCCCAGUACAGCAGGACCAUUGUUGCUGUCAAGUGCAGGAUUGAGAGACAAAAUUAUCAAGAUAUACAUGUGCAGUAUACGUCAGAUCAAGAUAUACAUGUACAGUAUACGUCAGAUCAAGAUAUACAUGUACAGUAUACGUCAGAUCAAGAUAUACAUGUACAGUAUAUGUCAGAUCAAGAUAUACAUGUACAGUAUACGUCAGAUCAAUCAUUUUAUAUCAUCCUCCACUGAACUGGUUGUCGCACUUUCCCGCUAGAAGUUGAGGUAAUGAACCGAUAGGCUUUCGAUCUUCUGUAUAAAAUAGUCCCACACAUCCAAAAUCUACUUCUGCUUUGAACAAAGUUGACUGGGUUAUCAAGGUUUCAAUAAAUAGUGUUUCCAACAGUAUACCACCAUCCACUGAACAGACAUUCUUGAUUUCCAUCCAUUGUUUUUCAAUAUCAAGUUUCCAUUUAAAUGGUUCAUUCAGGAAAGAGCUGGAAUGAAAGUCUGUGCUGUUAAAGGAAUAAUGAACAGAGUUGUGAUAUAAAUAUAUCGUCAGAUAUUAGAAGUUGCCUUGCACUGCCAAAAUUUGUAAACCACCAUUGAAGUGAUAGAUUGGCCUCUUCAAAGAGAGAGUUUAUGGUUAAAAGUUUCAUGGUUUCAUAACAUAUAUUUAGAUACAUAUUUUCAAGAUAGAAUUCAUUGUAUAUCACAAUCCAGCACCACGGCUGAGGAAGCAGUUCAAUAAGGGAAAUAGAAUCCCUGUGUAUUGCGAGAUCAAGGCAGUGUAAAUCCAUACCAUGAACUAUUAUUGCCUGGAUUACCUACCUUAGUACCAUUUCUCUCCACUAGACUGUGCUUUUUUAUACUAAAACAGGCCAUGUACCACCUUGGUCAGGAUCCUGACCAAACAAGGGCUGAUUGGCCAUUUCAGUUAACAAAUCAAUGCUUUGCUUUGAGCUUCGGAAUUUCAUCUUGUUUACAUUGAAAAAGUUUAAGUGAUCUAGCAUUGGUGUUGAAUAAGAAGCACUCUGCAUGAUAAAUAUAUUAUUAUAAAUUCUAAAAUGUUUUAUUUCAAAAUUGAAGGGUCCUUGUUCUCAUCAUUGAUGUCGGGUUUAAGGUAACAGAUCAGUCUCUUGAUGUUAACAGUCAAUACACAGCCAUAUACAUGUAGAGUUGUCUACCAGAAUAAUGAAGGCAAUGUUGUGUAUACGUACUAUAUGUUGAACUAUAUAGAAGCAAUCAUAGGAAAUCGAAGUUUGAGUUUACCCGCAAAAUUGACAGAUGCCAUAUUAAAAAGGAUUAUUGCCAUAGGAUAUAUAAACAUCAGCCAAUAAAAAUGUCAGGAUAAGCAGACUAGACAUGUCUUUUAUUUUUGAAGCAAAGGCCUGGUUGAGAGGAGACAAACUACAGCAAGCAAUCCAGACCAGCAUUUUGUCUGUCGUUUGAUUCCCGAGUAGUUGUUCUCCAUAUAAACUUGUAGCCUGGUUAAAUAAUUUACACAAUACAUAUAUUGUGGAUGUUUUUUUGUACCUGUUCACCUUUUAUUUUUACUUCGACUUAGAAAAAAAAUCACAGUUGUAGGGUGUUGUUUAUGAAGUACAUGCAUGCAUAGGUUAAUUUUCAACCCUUGUUGAUAAUGAUUUAGUAUAUAAAUUUCAGAUUAUGUGAAGUGUAAAAUCAUAUAAUGUUACAAGUAACAAUGAAUAAGGUAUCAUGAGUUCACUGUUAUAGGCUAAAAUGACAGCAGGUCUUUAUUUUAUUUUAUUUUAUUUUAUUUUUAUGAUAAAAGUGGUAUUUUGCAAACUUACCGAGGUAGAUAAAUCAGGAGAUAAAAAGUUUUAAAACAAGUUUCUAUUUCUUCUGACUUUAUUUGAAUUUUGUGGAUUUCUUUCUAUAAAAAAUCAAUGCAAAGGAAUUUUGUUUGAGAUCCUUAAUUACUAUUGAGUUGUGGAAGUUUUGUCUUGCAUAUUAUCAGUGAAUAAAAUCAGUAGAAUAAAUUAAAUUGUAUUUGAUUUCCGGCAUAACCCACAGGUAUCUAGUGGCCUUGCCUACUAGGCUAGUGAGAAACCGACUACAGUAAUAGCAGUCCUAAAUCCUACAGAAGUAAAGAACUCAUAACACCUAUUUCCUUGCCACCACAUUGACGUGAAUACCUGUACGAAGGAACAAAAACACAAGCAUUUAAGUAUAAUGUAUAGUUUAUUCAGGCAUCAGUUGAAUUCCUAUUGUCCUGUAUGCUUUUUUGUUUCUGUGUAUUGUUAAUUGCUAUUAGUGACUUUGUUAUGCUGGGAGUCAAGUGUGAAAAUGAGCAUGCUUGUAUUUUGUUAAUUUAGCUACUCUAUACAAAGAAAUUUGGUCAUCUAUAGACGUCAUCAUUAAAAAAAAUGAAAAC